AUCUGUUCUCCUUGUGGCUUUCAGCUCUGCUGAGUUUUUCUUUGUGGAGUUUCCAACGAGGCGUUCUACUGUGGAGCGAAAUUGUUUCUCAAGAUGAAUUGUUACGGUCUUCAGCAGAACGCCUUUGCAGCCUGUGAUGUGAUGAGGGGAUCUGUUCCUAGCAGUGAUCAGGACCCUGUCAUUUGCCCUAAGCCACGCCGAGUUGGGAUGUUAUCUGAUAUGCCUAUACGGCCCUUUAGAUGGCAUUUGAGCCAACAAACUGGCGGGUCUGACUCAAAAGCUGGGGCAGAGCUUCUGGACAUUAUUCUUAGGAAGGAGAGUCAUGGGGAAGAAUAUGCAAAUCAGGCAGCUGCAUCACCACCAUAUUUUUGUGGGUCCCCUCCAGUCCGAGCUGCAAAUCCAUUGGUUCAAGAUGCGAGGUUUGCAGAAGAGAAGAAUGCUUCCGUACUGGGAAAUUCAUCCCCAUCAGGAUUAUCAUCUCCGUCUUCAGCAUCACGCAAGGGAGGACGUGCUAGAAUGAAAUUUGGACCUACACCGGCUGCAGUUAGAGUAGAAGGAUUUGAUUGCCUUAACAGGGAUCGCCAGAAUUCGAGCAUCCCUGCUUUUGCUUAGAACUUCAUUCAGAGGAAGUGUACAUAUAAGGAGCUAAGUGCCACCACUUUCAAGAACUUGACACAACUAGAGAGAAUUUUGUGAAUGUUUUGGAUGGAAGCAAGAAGUUAUGUUAGCUAUGUAUAUAUCAAAUGUUUUGGUCUGGUGAUCAUCUUGAUGCUAAUAUUUUUUGUGGAUAGUUUGAUGAUGGAACAGCAGAAAAGAAAACAUUGUAUUGUGGGGAAGGUUUGAUAUGUAAAGAGCAUGUUCUUUUGUAAUAUAAGCUGGAUCGAUCUGGGUGUUUUUUUAUUAGCACAAGAUGAUCACUCCAAGUGUCCUGUAUAGAAUUUGUGAUUCUGAUCAUCCUUGUAAAUCUAUUUAGAUAAAUUUCAAACCUGUCUCAUAUUUAGUGAUUAAGCCCGUAUUCUCUCAUUAA